AUGACUAUCUUCAGUCACUCGGCCACACCGGAGGCUGUCGACUGGCGGACAAGAGGAGCAGUCUGUCCGGUUCGAUCAGGCUCACAUGCAGCUGAAGGUGCCAAUGCCAUUGCGACCGGAGAACUUAAGUGUCUGUUCGAGGAGGCGUUCUUCAAGUGCAGCAAAAACGAUCUCGGUCACUACGAUAAGGCCUUCGAGUUCAUCAUCGAGAAUGGUGGCAUAGACAGUGAAGGGUUUGGCCUCAACUUCCGGAACAAAACUUGCUUCUUCCUGGAGAGGGACUUUACUAUCGAUGGCUACGAGCAUGUUCUUCCAAACAACGAGGAGGCCCUGAAGAAGGCCGUCGCUCAUCAGCCCGUGAGCGUGAUGAUCGACGCAGGAUGCCCCGCUUUCAAAUUCUACAAAUCAGGAAUCUUGACAAGCUCUUGUGGAACAGACCUCAAUCACGCGGUGACGAUCGUAGGAUAUGGCACUACCAGCGACGGAAAGAAGUACUGGAUCGUCAAGAACUCAUGGGGAACCGAGUGGGGAGACGAUGGUUACGUUUACAUGCAACGAGACACUGGAGUUUCUACUGGUCUUUGCGGGAUCAACAUGAACCCAUCGUAUCCAACCAAGCAGGGAUUCCCAAAGAUCCAAGACGAAGGUCUUUCGACUUCCAACGCUGCUAAUAUCAACGCUGAUCUCUGGCCAGUCUCGGGCCUCUACUUCAGCAGGCUAGAGGAGUGA